AUGUCUGAAAAAUAUGACACUUUAUUGUCGAGUGUACAAAGUUUACAAGAUGAAAAUAAAGCAUAUCGUAAGCGUAUAGAAAUGUUGGAAGAAAAAAUUGAAGGGCUUGAAAGAUCUUCACAUUCCUAUCGCAUAGAAUUGCGUAAUGUGCCUAAAAAGGACCGCGAAAGUAAAGAAGACCUACUAAAUAUUUUGGUAAAGACAGCCGAAAUAAUUCUAUGCAUUAUUAACAGAAUGGCGUCUCGGAGGGCACAUAAAAUACUAGAAUUAGUAUCAUCGAGUUCUUCGUUAUCUUUGCAAAGUCAUGAAGUUAAACCAAUAGCUGAAACUCAUAACGCUACUGUAGAAGACCUAAACAAUAUACCAAGUGAGAACAUAGAAAAUCUCCCACCAAAUAAAAAUCUUACCGAUCUACGAUCUACUGAUGGACAUGUACAAUCUGACGAUCAUAAAAAGUUAGAAAUAUCGUUAGUUAGCAGCUGCGAUGAAAUAUUAUCAGAAAAUGCAGACGAUCAUCUGCAUUUUAGCCAAAAAAUUGAUUCCCGGUUGAUUAGUUCUAGAAACAUAGAAAAUAAAUCUUGUGACACUGAUGAAAAGAGAUUGCCAACAAGCCUUGUGCCAGACUAUGACAGCGAUGAUUACAAUAACUUGGAAUGCAUUGGAGUUCAACAAGACAUAACAAAAAAAACACAACCGCAAUCAUCCUCGAGUUCAACAAGUACAAGUUCAUCAUCAUCUAGUUCUUCUUCUUCUGGAACUUCCUCAGAUUCAGAUGAUUCUUCAUCUUCGAAAACAGAAGAAGAACCUGAAAACCGCAACACAGUAGCAGUUAUGGCCAGUGAAUGUUGCGACUCAGACAACAUUCAGUUGAGACCUCAGAGAUGUCCCUCUUCUAAUAAAUCUAUUAAUAUUUCACCAGUUUAUACUGAUAUCAUCAAACUUCGACCUGCGUAA